AUGUCCAACACAGCAAGCACUACCGCCCGUCCACUGGCUUCAAAGUUGUUGCCUUCCAUUGAGGAAUGGAACAAGAAGUUUGUUGCUCAAGAAUAUGGUAAGCCCAAUGAGACAAUUGGCUUAAGCGUUUGGCAUCUUACGAGAACUUUACAGUCCAUAUUGGAAGAAGAAAGUUUACAUCCUGGUACCGUGAUCAACCUUCUCGAAGAAGAAGAACGUUACGAUAGUGUUCCUGCCGAUAUAACUCGUGUACCCACUGACCAAGAUCCUAUUCGACUUGAAACACUGGAGGAGUGUGUGUACUGGCGAUACCAUACUUUGACACUUGCCGAGGAUUGGCUGUUAAACAACUGUUUAUCUCAGAUCAGACAGGAUGGAAAGAUCCCUCGUAAUAUUCAAGCGAGCACGGACCCUAAAUAUGCUACGCUUCGAACUGAUUUGUCAACUUGUAUUGAUUACUUUUUUGCGCAACUGAAGGAGUCCGAAGAUGACACGGGGAAGCCAUUAGAUCCCAAUCACUUCACGUAUGAAUUUCUGCUGGAUGGUGUCCGGUCGCACAGCCAAUACACACUUUCCGAUAAUCGCCCACUGUAUGAUGGACACACGUACCUCUCAUUAAGAAGGGCACUCAAGGAGGCAUUUGAAACUGCUUAUACCGAAUACAAAGAGGCAAAGAAACUGAGGGAGAUUGACAUGGUAGAGGCAACAGAGGGUACUCUGGCUUACUAUGGUGGUGAUGAAUGA